CACUUAUUUGUUUAUUGCUUUGAUAUUUAAAGCAGAGAGUCACAGAUACUAAAAACAGAAAGUCACAGAGUACAGGGGAGAUAGGAUCCAUUCUGUGUACAGAAAUUGCCUAGCUUCAUGGUCUACAUGGUGCUCCAGAUUACAAAAACAAAAUCCCUGUAGAGUCCCACCAGUCUGGGUUCUUUUCUGUGAAAUCAGCUGUGGAGUCAAAGCAAUAGAUUUCUCUGUUUAAGGCUGAGACAAGAAAUUGCCAACAUACCUGCAGGGCAAGGUCUCUAAUGUUCCCCUCCCUGCUAUGAAAUGCAGAGCACCUUAACUGCUUCAGCCCUCCCCCAGCCACAGCCAGCUAUAAAUCCUGCCCUUUGGUUGCUGGAAUGUCUCAUCUUGACGGAUGCUUUUUUUUGGUUGAGGAAUACAAAUCCAACUUGACAGAGCCAUAGUCGGUCACAUACAUGGUCUGCGUUGCUGAUAUAUUUGUACAAAGCAUUCCUAGUGUGGAAAUAACUUACAGGGACAUGGGCAGGGACACCUCCCACUAGAGCAGGUUGCUCCGAGCCCCCUCCAGCCUGGCCUUGAACACUGCCAGGGAUGGGGCAGCCACAGCUUCUCUGGGCAACCCGUGCCAGGGCCUCACCACUCUCACAGGGAAGAACUUCUUCCUAAUAUCUCAAUCUCCCCUCUGUCAGGUUAAAGUCAUUCCUCCUUCUCCUGUCACUACCUGCAAUUGCCAAAAGCCCCUCUCCAGGUUUCUUGUAGCCCCUUUAGGCACUGGAAGCUGCUCUAAGGUCUCUCCGGAGCCUUCUCUUCUCCAGGCUGAACCAGCCCAGCUCUCUCAGCCUGUCUCCAGAGCAGAGCUGCUCCAGCCCUCGGAGCAUCUCUGUGGCCUCCUCCGGGCUCGCUUCAACAGCUCCUCAUCCGUUUUGUGGUGUUGUCCCAAACUUGGAAGCAGGACUGUGGGGUGGGGGGUCUCACCAGAGCAGAGCAGAAGAGAGAAUCCCCUCCCUCGACCUGCUGCUCACGCUGCCAGUGAUGCAGCCCAGGACACGGGUGGUUUGUGCAAAGCCAGGAUGGUGACUAUUUCUCGUUAUUAUUUCAGCAAGUCCCUAUGUGCUUGAGGCAUCCAACUGAUGCUCCCAGUUACAACAGUUGCAAUCAGAUGUCAGGUCUUGUUAGAAAAGACAUGUGCCACAACUGACACACGCCGGCUGUCCCAUUUCUUCUGCAGAGACCCCCCUAAAGGGCUUCCUACAAGUUUGUGUCCUCAGCCUGCGCCCUGCUGGGGGGCGGGGAUGAGGGCGGCAGGUCCAGGCUGUAUUUCCCACCACCGAUCCAGACGGUGGCCGCUGCAGAGCAGCGGCGGGUCCGGCGGGAGGAGCUGGUGCGACAUGGCCAUGGGCUCCCGAUGGGGUUUGUGAAGGUGAAUCAGGGGAGUUGGAAUGUUUUUAACAAAACCGGGGGGAAAAAAAAGAGAUCAUUCCUUUUUCCUGAUAUUAGAAGAAAAUAAAUGGCAUUCCAUCCAACCUGGAAGACUGUGGAGUGGCUGGAAAACUGGGAGUUGUGGUAUCACAAGAAAGCAGAAAGACUUGAGGAGGUGAGAUGGAGAAAAAGGGAUUUUUGCUUUUGCGAUGUUUAAGAUCCUGUAUGUGGUGGGUUUCGUUCGCUGAGCCAACUCCAAUAACCACUUUGGAGGAUAGGCUGAAGCAGGGGGAGGUGUUUAAUCUGACUUACCUCACAAACAUGUUCUUCCCAACAGAGGUCUCCAAUAAAAGGUACAGGAAACAGCCUCAAGCUGCACCAGAGGGGUUUAGUGGAUAUUAGGAAAGAUUUCUUCCCCAAAAGGGGGAUCAGGCCUCAAGCUGCAUCAGGGGAGGUUUAGUGGAUAUUAGGAAAGAUUUUUUCCCCAAAAGGGUGAUCAGGCAUUGAAACAGGCUGCCCAGGGAAGUGGUGGAAUCACUGUCCCUGGUAGUGCUCAAAACCAUGUAGAUGAGGCCCUCAGUGACAUGGUUUAGUGGUGGACUUGGCAGUGCUGGGAUGAACUUUGGACUUGGUGAUCUCGAAGGUCUUUUUCAACCAUCAUUCUAUGAUUCUAAAGUACGAGAAGAGCAGAGCGAAGCUUCCGUGCCUUGGGAAGGCAGGAAACUGGGAAUGCGGGGGUGGGGGGGCAGGGUAUGGACGACGACACAGAGAAGUAGCUGCUCUUCGGAUUUGCCACUAUACACCCUAAACACCUCAAAGGGACAAAAUUUGAAGGGAAGGACUGGCUGUCGCUCUCUCGGGCGGGAAAUCCCGUGUCCUGCGCCGGCUCUGCAGGCUUCAAACUUCCUGCCGGGGGAGUUCAAAUGCCCGGAAAAGCUGGUCCCGCAGCGGGGAUGCUGUGACACCCGUGACGGGCGAGCACGCCGCUCACACCGCUGUGUAAGGAUCGCGAACUGUGCUCCCCUGCGUGCUGACAGCGGCUGUCCCCUGCCGCCGCCGAGGUGGGAGGAGGCGGAGAAGGAGGCGAUGAUGCUCCGUGGGGCCGAAGCGGGAGGAGGUGAGGAUGCUCCGGGUGGGUCUCGCGACCACGGCCACUGGGUUGCCCUUUGUGCAACCACUUGCCGGCUCCCGGACUUCGGCCCCCCAGCGCCAAUCCGCCGGUGGCCGCGGCGCGACCCUGCCGUGCACUAGCGCGGGGGGCGGCCCCACGAGCGGGCGCGCCGCCUUCCCCCUCCCUUCUUCCUUCCUUCCCUCCUUCUCUCCCUGUGUGUGCGAGUUCCUUUGUGCUGUGCAGCGGCGAGGAGGAAGCAGCGGUGCGGGCUCUCCCGUCCCGGGGGUGGGGUCGGGCUCGGCCACCCCCCUUCAAUUCCCCUCCGCCUCUUCGACGGGGCAUCGCCGCUUUAAGCAGAGGCCCCACGCCGGUUGACGGGGCGGUCCAGGCGCGCCCCCCCCGCUCCCCCACGUGGUGCGGUGCCCGUGUCUCCGGACCGCGGCGGGGCUGGGCGCACACAGCGUUAGGCUGCUGUUCGGGCUCCGUUGCUCCCCGGGCGGCUGGUGCAGCCCGGCCCGGCCCGCGGCCAUGCGGCAGUGGCGUGAAGCGGCGGGAGUAUGAAGCGGGCGAGGCCGAGCCCGCUGCCCGCGCUGGGGCUGCUCCUGCUGGGCGCCCUGCCGGCGCUCUGGACGGUGCUGCUGCGGCGGGAGGCGGCAGCGGAGACGGAGACACCAGAGCCGCGGGACUGGGGCCGGUCCCCGGCGGUGCGGGGCGAGCCCGGCGGCGGGAGGCAGAAAACUUUCCGGGCGCUGCUGGCGGCGGGCCGGGAGGAGCAGGACGAGCCGGCCGCCGGCUCUCCGGUGGAGCGGGGCAUCUUCUGGAGCCGUGAGCUGGAGGAGCAGGUGCCGCGGGGCUUCGCGGCGGAGGAAGCGGCGGCGUGGCUGUCUGCUGCCCGCACCGCACGCGUAUCCUCGCUGGAGCGGGGCGGCUGCGGGCGCAGCUCCAACCGGCUGGCGCGGCUGUCGGACGGGAGCCGCGCCUGCGUCCGGUACGGCAUCAACCCGGAGCAGAUCCAGGGCGAGGCGCUGUCCUACCACCUGGCCGGGGUGCUGGGCAUGCAGGAGCGGCUGCCGCCCAUGGCACUCGCCCUGGUGGAGGCCCGCGGCCGGCGCUGGGAGCCGGUGCGGGAGGAGCUGCGCGGCUCGCCGUGGGCCGAGGGGGCCGUGGUCAGCCUGACGCGCUGGGUGGACAACCUGACCGCCGUGGUGGCCCCAGCGCCCUGGGGUUCCGAGGCGGGCGCCGGGCGGCGGCUGCAGCCGCUGUCGGCGGGGGAGCUGGGCGGGCUGCCGCGGUCGCAGCUGGUGGAGCUGGUGCAGUGGAGCGACCUGAUCCUGUUCGACUACCUGACGGCCAACUUCGACCGCCUGGUUAGCAACCUCUUCAGCCUGCAGUGGGACCCGCGGGUCAUGCGCCGCGCCACCAGCAACCUGCUCCGCGCCCCCGACGGCGGGCUCGUCUUCAUGGACAACGAGGCGGGGCUGGUGCACGGCUACCGCCUCCUCUCCAUGUGGGACCCCUACAACGAGCCGCUGCUCCGCUCCGUCUGCGUCUUCCGCGAGGGCACGGCGCGGCGAGUGGCCGAGCUGCACCGCCGCCGGAGCGCAGCCGCCGAGCUGCGCCGCCGGUACCGGGCGCGGGAGCCGCUCUGGGCGCGCCUCGGCUUCCUCUCGGAGCGGCAGGCUGAGCUGCUGCAGGCCCGAGUCGACUUCGUGCACCGACACAUUGCCCACUGCCGCGCACAGGCCGCUGUGCUCUAAGCGGCCCGGGGCCGGCUGCCCGCACCGCCCGGUUCCGCUCCUAUCCGAGGGAGCGGGACACUCGCCCCCGGCGGAUGCUGCUCCGGACUCGGUGCCCCGUAACUGCCGGGGCGACCGAGUGUGACCCUGCCGGGGAUGGGGCUGGGGCUGGGGCUGGGGUGAGCGGGUGCUCACGCUCGGGUGCGGGUAGUAACGGGCUCCCGGUCUGCCGGGGCAAUUCAUACGCGUUUGUCAAGACGGUGCUGAGGGUGCACGGUGCUAUCGGUGCUAUAGCCGAGUCCAGCUUCGGGGCUCUGCUCCCAGAGCUUGAAACAGGGAGAGGGUUCAGCGUCCUUCACUCUUUCGAUGCAUUCGCCUUCCUAAGAGACCCUGCAGGAAAGCUGUCGUCUUUGUCUGGAUCGGGGUCGACUACCUUUUCCUUCCAAAGGCGGCAGGCGGAAACAUCUUUUUAUGUUAUCCCUUUCGCAACAGCAUAUUUAAGUAUGAAUGCUGAUAUUCAUAGGCCAAGAACUGAUUGCACAAUAGAGGAGUCCCUAACUAGCAAAACUGCCCUAUUUAUGAAGCUUGUUUCUUACCGAUUUUCUUUAAUGAGAGUUAAAUCUUGUGGAGAAGUGUAUAGAAAGUCCAUAUUCCAUUAGCUCUUAGUCUUUGUUGUGGAUGCAUCUGGUUGAACUUCAUAGAAUCAUACAAUCACAGAAUGGUUUGGGUUGGAAGGAACCUUAAAAAUCGCCUAGUCCCAGCCCCCUGCCACGGGCAGGGACACCUUCCACUAGACCAGGUUGCUCCAAGCCCCGUCCAACCUGGCCCUGAACUGUUAAGCUGUGUCGAUUCUUAAAUACUCCUUUGUUGUCACCACCAUCAUUGUUUCAUCUGACCAGUGAAGUAACUGACCCAUGGGUGAUACAAGAGGAUCUCCCAGGUUUUAAAAACAUUGCUGUGUGUUAAGACUUUGAUGCAAUAGUUAAAGUGGAGGAAAACCUGUUUCAUGCACUUUACUUUGACUUUUUAAUUUUUUUAUAAAAGAAGACGUUUUUAUUUUACAAAGUCUGCCUUUUAUGUACAUUCUAUACGUUCAUAAGCUUUUCUGUAACAUACUAAAGAAACUGAUAUUUCAGUAAAGUGUGCUAAUGUUUUGCCUUC